AAUUGCCAUGGCAGGUGGUAGAGAGGCAGAUUUGCUGUGUAAUAAUGCGUCAGUGUUAACGCUUCAAGUGUAUCUUAUUAUGAUGUGCUUUUGUACAUGUAGGUGUGAACAUAUUCUGUCGGAAAACACGUCCCCAGGAUGCGGGUAUCACGGACUACUUACAGCUGAUGUCAAGUUUAUAACAGUAGUUUUCGACCAUGAGUCAGAACAACAGGCAUGUGAAGCCUCGCGGUACAUCAAUAGUCACGGAGUGCAAGUUAUUCUUCUGGAUGUGGCUUCCAUGUAUAUCCACCUAGCCGACCGGGUCACACAGCUGUUGGAGGGGGAAAACUUACUGGCGAUGAGGAACAGCUUGACCUUUCUUGUUCUCCUGCACGAGUACCCGAUGGAGAAAGUAAUACAAGAGAUUCAAUAUGUGGAUGAGAAGUUUGGUAUGAAUACAACCCUAAGUCGCCUAUCACGGUGGCUCUUUCUUUUGUCGCAGCAUCUCUCAAUAGCCUCAAAUGAUAGUGUAAACCUGAACAACAUUGCUGUUUCUGUGAGCCCCGGCCUCAAAUGUGAAGAGGAAGUAAACAUUCUGAAAUCCACGCCACAAGGAACGUUCUGGGAAAAAGCUGUGAUGAAACCAGGCGAUUAUAUUUUUAAGAACAUUAAAUAUGAUCUUAAUGGACAAACUCUCUCAGUGCUUGCCAUGGAGUGGGGCCCUUUUACAAAAGAAAAUAUAAGCAAUGGAAGCAUUGAUAUUACAGGGAUAUGCAGGGAUGUUCUAGAUGUCCUAGCUAAACACAUGCAUUUCAGUUUUAGGUUCGUUCAACCAGCCGACAGGUCGUGGGGAGCAUUACAACCUGACGGGAACUGGACGGGUGUUGUGGGCAUGCUGCAGAGAAGGGAGGCGGAUCUAUGCAUUUCGCCAUACAGUCCCAACGAGGCCAGAAUGAAAGUUAUGUCUUUUGGCUACCUUUUCAAUUAUGAAGACGCAGUUGUUGUUUACAAGAGUAAGAUGAAGUCAGGAUCGGAAUGGAGAAUUCUUAAAAACUGCUUCAAGACAAACGUGUACCUAUACGGACUGAUCGCUGCUAUAGUUGUGUAUCUGAUAUUUGUUGUUUCUGAAUCGGCAUAUAUCUUCUAUACGGAGAGUAAAUCCAAGCCAACAAUUUGGGCUACUUUGAAUCAAAUGAUGCUGGAAUGUAUAGCUGUGCCCCUCCGUCAAGGUAUUCCCCACUUACCGAGCUCGACGUCAGGUAGACUGGUACUGGUCUUCUGGUGCGUGUACGCCAUGAUUAUGACGUCCAUCUACAUUGGAAGUCUUGUCGCAAUACUAUCAACCAAUAAUGACGAAGUCCCAUUCAAAACACUUAAAGAACUGGCAGCAAAUAAAGACUUUGGGGUUGACAUUGAAGAUGGCAGCGUUCUGAAGCACAUUAUGAAGACGUCUUCUAAUCCAGAUUUUCAAGCAAUAUGGAAGAAGAUAUCAGUAUCAAAAGCAGCUGAUGCCAAUGAAUCUUCACACCAAAAGUGGACGCGCCAAAGGAACAAACUUUACAGUGGCGGCUUUGCCCUGAUAUCGUCAAGAGCCAAUGUUGAUUUCUUCAUGAGUGAGCACUGCGGGCUGCACAUCAUGGAUGAAGGAAUCUUUCCCUUGUUCUCAAGCUUUGUAUUCCCUCGUCAUUCUCCACUAGCACUGAUGAUGUCACACAGAAUCCAAACACUGGUUGAAGCGGGUCUUAUACCACUAUGGAAUAAGAAAUGGGCACCACAGAAGAAGAGUUGUGUAACUGACUCCAAAACAAAGCCUAUUGCAGUGUCAGACCUGUUGUCAGCGUUUAUCGUUUGCGGGGCUGGUUUGGGCAUGUCCCUUAUGUGUCUCAUCCUGGAGAAAGUUUUUCAAAAGUACGGAGAACGCUACUUCUGAAAUGUGUAUCGUGAAUGUAGACAAUGCUUGGACACAUUUUUAGGUCAUAUGACUUUUCGUUGUUUGUUAUCUUUUGAGAAAGCUUCAUAAUCAAUUUAC